AUGUGUUUGUUGGCUAGCCCUUCUUCAGUGGCAGCUGAUGCUGAUGACUUUGAGAAAUUGGUGUUUUUCACCCAGGGGUUGGAGAGAGGAGCCAAAAAUCAGUUUUCCACUUUCAGCAAUUUCAUCACAACUAUCAACCAAAAGAAGGAAGGCAUCGGAAACAGAAAUUCGCCUACACAACUUGUUAUACCCAACAUCAAAAAUGUGAGAGAUCUGCCACCUAUUUGCCUCGAUGUACGACAAAAGCAGCGUAUCUCUGUAGAUACCCUACCCCAAGAACUGAAAACACCAAUGCCUCCUGAACCUUCCCUUCCCAUCCGAACCAAAACUGUGGAAGAUUUUCAGGAUGAUGUAGAAAAGGCUAAGUCAUCAGGAGAUUGGAAAGCUGUACAUGACUUUUAUUCUACGACAUUUGAUUCUUUCCUGGAGAUAAAUGCUGCAUUUAAGAAAGAUACCAGUUCUUCAUUUAAUACCACAGAGGACUCUGGAAUCAAUGCAAAAUUUGUGAAUGUUGUCUAUGAUGCCUUACUAAAUACUCCUCAAGAUGUUCAGAAAUCAGUCCUAAAAGGAAUAAUUAAUGGUCUCCUACAAGAAUGGAAAGGGCCACGAACAAAAGAUGAUCUUAGAGCAUAUUGUAUACUUUUACAGAAUCCUCAAUUUAGUAACACUUCUACUUAUGUCAUCUAUGCUCACUUGCUAAGACAGAUAGCAGCCCUAACAGAAGCUGACCAUCAUUUCCUAGUGCACUGGUCUAAAAAGAUUUCACAAAGAAGGUUCAAGCAGCUGGUGGACAGGUUACUGCAAUUUAUUUCUUUACGCCUGUUUCCUGCAAAACCUGAAGAGUUUCCACCUAUGGUGAAAUGUACCUGGUGGAUUCCAUCAGCAACCAAAGUCCUGGCUUUAUUUAAUGCUGCAAAUAGUCUGAUCAGUCCUCCUAUUAUUUCAUAUACGGAUUUCUAUAAUUCUACACUUGAUCAUAUUGAUCUAAUGGAAGAAUACCAUAACUGGCAAUGUUAUGGAAAUUCUCACAGGUUUUCUUUCUGUCAGUACCCAUUUAUUAUUUCUAUAGCAGCAAAAAAGGUCAUUAUUCAAAGGGACUCAGAGCAGCAGAUGAUAAGUAUUGCACGGCAAAGCCUUGUGGAUAAAGUCUCUCGCAGACAGAAACCUGACAUGAAUAUGUUGUUCCUAAAUGUGAAAGUGAGGAGGACACACCUUGUUAGUGAUUCGCUUGAUGAGCUAGCAAGAAAGAGGGCAGAUUUGAAAAAGAAGUUGAAAGUCACGUUUGUAGGGGAAGCUGGUCUUGAUAUGGGUGGCCUGACAAAAGAAUGGUUUCUUCUUCUGAUUCGCCAGAUUUUUCACCCAGAUUAUG